AAAAUCAUUGCAUAGCAGUAUUUUAUAACAAGUUACUUCUGAAGUAACGCACUACCGCUAAACUCAAUAAGAAAUAUAAAUCAACGUUAAACCUACAAUGAUUUUCCAUAAUAUCAUGGAAAUGUAUCUGUAAAUUGUAUCUUAUUAUGUUUUUUUUUUGAUCAUGGUUUACGUGCAACUUAAGUUAAUUUACUGUAUUUUAGUUUUUUCCUAAAAACAUUAGUUCCGCGCUCUAAAUAAGUAUUUGUAGAAUAAGACAGUACAGUUGAACAAAAUGUUGUUGACGGAAGAUAAUAUCGUUCGGUGUAAUUGCGUUCUUUUUCGCGAUCGAUUCGCUGUUGGGUAAAUUUUUUCGAAUCCUUUGCGGACCGCACUGUCACAAAUGCUAAUGGCCAUUGCGAAUGACCGGGCUUGCGAUAGAAGAUAGAAGCAAUAUCGUUUUUUCCGAACAACGUUCGGAUAUUUCAAUCACCUUGAAAGAUGGAUACGAAUUCGCAGUCCAGCAGUAAUGGUGUAAGUGAUGAAGAAGAUACUACAUUGGAUCAUACAUUAACAAUUAAACCACCACAAGCAAGAGUGCACAAGUCAAGACAUAAAGAAGCAAGUCAUCAUAAACAUUCUAAAGAUCCAGCAAAAAAACACCAUUCUAGACAUCUUGAAAAACGAAAGCAUAGACAUUCUCGAGAUGAUGAACUUGCUUUGAGAAACAAGAGAUCAAAAAAAGAAGAUGAUUAUUAUAAGGUAGAUUCAAGAAAUAUAGAUAGAAGUGAAAAUGGUGAAUGGGAUCGUUAUAAAAAAAGAAGUAGUUAUAGUCAUGAAAAACAUUCUAAACAUGAAAAACCACAUAGAGAUGAUAUGCUUAAGGAAAAUGAUUUAAGAAAUCUGUUACAAAAAAAAAAAUUGGAAAAAGAAGAAAAGUAUCGUACUACGGAGUACAAACAUCAUACAAAGAAAGAUAUAGCAGAUAAUGAAUCUAGAGAUAGCUCUCAUGCAAAAUUAAGAAAACGAGAAGAAGAAGAACGAGAUAGCCGAAGAUCUCAUAGGGAAAGAGAUCAAUAUAUUGAACAAUACUACAAAAUGUUGGAUCGACCUCGACCCGAUAUGGUUCCUGAUUUGGUCGUAUUAUCAAAUGAUUCAUCUUCAUCUGAUUCAGAACAUGAAAAUGAACCUCUAGAAGAAGAAAAUAACAAAAUUAAGACUGAAGAAAACUCAUUAACUCCACCAAUUGAUCAAAAUAAAUCUGAAGGCGAAGCAUCUGAAGAAUCUGGACAAGAUUCUGGUGAUGACACUGAUAGUUCUGGUUCAACAUCCUCAUCUUCAAAAAGUUCACAAUCCAGUGAAAAAUCUGAUGAUAAAUCCAGUAGCAGUAACUCUAUUAAAGAAGAAUCAAAAUCACCAGAAGUAGAUACUGAAAUUCAAAUGGACAUAACAUUAGAAAAAAAUUCAUCUCCUCCAUUGCUACCUAAAGAGUAUCUACCAGCAUUACAAGGAUGUCGAAGUGUUGAAGAAUUUCAGUGCUUAAAUAGAAUUGAAGAAGGAACAUAUGGUGUGGUUUACCGAGCCAAAGAAAAGCAAACUGAUGAAAUCGUGGCUUUGAAACGAUUGAAAAUGGAAAAAGAAAAAGAAGGAUUCCCUAUUACGUCAUUGAGAGAAAUAAGCACUCUUUUAAAAUCUCAGCAUCCCAAUAUUGUAACAGUAAGAGAAAUUGUUGUUGGUAGUAAUAUGGAUAAAAUAUUUAUAGUUAUGGAUUAUGUUGAACAUGAUAUGAAAUCACUAAUGGAAACAAUGAGGCAAAAAAAGCAAUCAUUUACAGCUGCUGAAGUAAAAUGUUUAAUGCAACAACUUCUUAUGGCUGUAGAUCAUUUACAUGACAAUUGGAUCUUACAUAGAGAUUUAAAGACAUCCAAUUUACUUUUGAGUCAUAAAGGUGUUUUAAAGGUUGGUGAUUUUGGUUUAGCACGGGAAUAUGGUUCUCCAUUAAAAGCUUAUACACCAGUCGUUGUAACAUUGUGGUAUCGUUCACCAGAACUUUUAUUAGGUGCUAAGGAAUAUUCUACACCAAUUGAUAUUUGGUCUGUAGGAUGCAUAUUUGCCGAAUUUCUUUUGAUGGAACCAUUAUUCACAGGCAAAUCUGAGUAUGAUCAGUUGAAAAAAAUUUUUACUACAUUUGGUACACCAAAUGAAAAAAUCUGGCCAGGAUAUUCAAAUUUGGCAUUAGUAACUAAAGCAUCAUUGCCUGAUUGUCCUCCAGCUAAUUUUAAAGGAAGGUUUACUAAAGAAGGUCUUUUAACAGACAUUGGCUAUGAACUACUUAGGAAAAUGCUUACAUACAAUCCAAGUACACGUGUCACAGCUGAAGAUGCUCUUAAACAUAAAUACUUCUCUGAAUUACCAUUAGCUAUAGAUCCGGCAAUGUUUCCUACGUGGCCAGCCAAGAGUGAAGGUGGUACAAGAAAAGCAGCUGCUAGCCCAAAACCACCAUCUGGUGGUAGAGAUUACAAGCAGCUUAAGGAAGAUGAAGGAUUUCAUAUUGGUAAUAAUUUGCCUAGAGCUCCUACGGUACCAGCGUUUAGUCUUAAAUUUUAAUGUUACUUUUGUAAAUUAUUUAAUUGUUUAACAUUGUCAAAAGUAUAUCUGUUUAACAUGUAUACAAUUUAUUUUUAUC